CCGCCCCGGGCUGGGCUGGGCGAGGGAGCGGAGCCGCUCCGGGUCCCGCACCGCCGGGAGCAUCCCGGCUCCGGGGGGGCAUCCCGAUCCAUCCCGGAUCCCGGGCUGGCUCUGGACCCACGGGGCCCGGGGAGCAUCCCGGGGCUGGGGCCACCCGAGGAUCCCGGGGCUGAGCUGGGGACCCCCGGGCGGCGCGGGGGGCUCUGCCCGGUGCCCAGCGCCGGCCCCGGGGCUCGCAGGGUCCCCCCCGGCCCGAGGGAGCGGACCCAGCUCGGCGGAUGCUCCGCAGGUCCCUGAGGAUUUGUACCUGUCCAGAGGCUCCCGUGGCAAAUCGAGCAGCUCUGCCCCUUCCCGAGCGUUCCCGUCCCUCCUGCAGCUCCUGCCGGUGCCUGAGAGGAGCCAGGGCCGGGAGCGAUGGAGGGGGAGAAGUGAUGGAGAGUCCCUGCUGGAAAACCACCAGGCACUGGAUCUUUGAGUCCUCCCGUUCAUCCUGACGCUGUGUGCCGUGUCUCACGCAUUCCAGGCUGUCCCCUCGCCGGGAGCGUUUGCCAUGGACACCGGGCACGUGAGCAGAUCCCGCUUCAGCGUGGCCUCCAGCCCCCCGCGCUGGGAGAUCGGGCUCUACGCCGCCGGCGCCUUGGCGCUGCUGGGAAUCGCAGCCAUCAACCUGUGGAAGCUGUGGCGCUCCGGGAGCUACCCGGCCCCGUCCCCCUUCCCCAACUAUGACUACCGGUACCUGGAGCAGAAGUACGGAGCGGCGUGCCCGGACAUCAGGAACAAGCGAGGGCUGGCCCCGGGCUCGCAGCGGGCUCCAGGCCGGAGCUCUUCGUCCCGCAAGAGCAGCCUGAGGGCAGAGGACACCUUGGAGAGCAUCCAGGAGCUGGGCAGCCUGGAGCUGAUGGGCAGAGACCUGGGCCUGGCCCACUACGGCCCCCUGCGGAAAUCCAUCUCGGCCGACUCGCUCAACUCCAUCUCGUCCAUCGGGAACAACUUCGGGCAGGAUUUCACGGUGGGGCAGGUGGAGGUGUGCAUGGAGUACGACGCGAGGGCGGCCGCCCUGCACGUCACGCUGCUGCAGGGCAAGGACCUGCUGGAGAAGGAGGACGCGCGCUUCGAGUCGUGCUUCAUGCGGAUCAGCCUCCUGCCGGCCGAGCAGAUCGUCGGCAUCUCCCGGAUCCAGAGGAGCUCCUACUCGGUGGCGUUCGACGAGCGCUUCUCGGUGCCGCUGGACCCGGCGGCGCUGGAGGAGAACAGCCUGCGCUUCUCCGUCUUCGGCGUGGACGAGGAUGAGCGCAGCGUCAGCACCGGCGUGGCCGAGCUCAAGCUCUCCGACCUGGAGCUGGCCACGCGCCCCUUCAACGCCUGGCUCUACCUGCAGGACACCAACAAGGCGGUGGACACGGUGGGGGAGAUCCUGCUCUCCCUGAGCUACCUGCCCACGGCCGAGCGGCUCACUGUGGUGGUGGUCAAAGCCAAGAACCUGGUGUGGAGCAAUGGGAAGGUGACUGCAGAUCCCUUCGUCAAGGUGUACCUGCUGCAGGACGGGAGGAAGAUCAGCAAGAAGAAGACAGCGGUGAAGAGGGGAGACACCAACCCCGUGUUCAACGAGGCCAUGAUCUUCUCCGUGCCCGCCAUCGUGCUCCAGGAGCUGUCCCUGCGCGUGACGGUGGCCGAGAGCGGCGAGGACGGGCGCGGUGACAACACGGGCCAUGUGCUGAUCGGGCCGGCGGCCAGCGGCAUGGGCACCACGCACUGGAACCAGAUGCUGGCCACGCUCCGCAAGCCCGUCUCCAUGUGGCACCCGCUGCGCAGGAAUUAGGGUCCCCAGAUCCUGGGGACAGCGGGCCCAGGGCAGGGACUCGGUGGCACCCACAGGGCCGAGCUGCUGAGGGGCCCAAAGCACCCGGAGCACGGAGAGCAGCUCCGUGGGCACAUUCCAGGUCAGCACUGGAAGUGCCGGGCCAGAGCUGCCAGGAAGGAGCCAAAUGGACCAAAACCAGCAGGAACCUCCCCAAACUGCAGCUCCUGAGCGUUCCGCGUUCUCCCAACGGCCUCGAAAUCCACGGAAUCCUCAAAUGGGGACUCUGAGCGAGGGAGAGGGGGGAUUCCUUUGGAAGGUGGUUCUUGGGUGGGAUUCCUUUGGAAGGUGGUUUCUGGGUGGGAAUCGUGAGGGGGGUGCCAAAAGCCAGCCUGGCGUGGGUGGUGAUCCUGAGGGGAUCUUUUGUAGUGACUUUGGUGCCCUGUGCCAGGGUUGGAAUGUUUCCAGUGAGAAUGGAAAAAGGGAGCAAUAACAGCAGAAAAUCAAUUGUUA